AUGGCCGGGGGGCCGGGCCCGGGAGACCCUGCGGUCCCCGGCGCCCAGCACUUCUUGUACGAGGUGCCGCCCUGGGUCAUGUGCCGCUUCUACAAAGUGAUGGACGCCCUGGAGCCCGCCGACUGGUGCCAGUUCGCUGCCCUGAUCGUCCGCGACCAGACCGAGCUGCGGCUGUGCGAGCGCUCCGGGCAGCGCACAGCCAGCGUCCUGUGGCCGUGGAUCAACCGCAACGCCCGCGUGGCCGACCUCGUGCGCAUCCUCACGCACCUGCAGCUGCUGCGGGCGCGGGACAUCAUCACUGCUUGGCACCCUCCCGCCCCCCUUCUGCCCCCUAGCACCACCUCCCCGACACCCAGCAGCAUCUCCACACCCUCCGAGGCUGCGGCUCCCGGCCACCGGAAGUUGCCAUCUCUGGCCUCCACCCUCCUCUCCCCAGCUUUUCAGACUCACUCUGACUCUGAGCUCUGUCCUCGACCAAGCCCAGCUGCCCACCAGCCACCAUUGCCAUCUCCAGCCCCCUCAUCUACCAAGCCCAGCCCGGAGAGCCCCGUGUCCCUUCUGCCAGGGGCCCCCUCCUCUUCGUUCUGCUGGCCCCUCCAUGAGAUUUGCCAGGGCACACACGACUUCUCAGAGGAGCUUAAGAUUGGGGAAGGUGGCUUUGGCUGUGUGUACCGGGCGGUGAUGAGGAACACUGUCUAUGCUGUGAAGAGGCUCAAGGAGGAGGCCGACCUGGAGUGGACCACAGUGAAGCAGAGCUUCCAGACUGAAGUGCAGCAGCUGUCGCGGUUUCGUCACCCCAACAUCGUGGACUUUGCCGGCUACUGUGCUCAGAGUGGCUUCUACUGCCUUGUCUAUGGCUUCCUGCCCAAUGGCUCCCUGGAAGACCGCCUCCACAUCCAGACACAGGCCUGGCCCCCUCUCUCCUGGCCUCAGCGACUGGACAUCCUUCUGGGCACGGCCCGGGCAAUUCAGUUCUUACAUCAAGAUAGCCCCAGCCUCAUCCAUGGAGAUGUCAAGAGUUCCAAUGUCCUUCUGGAUGAGAGACUGAUGCCCAAACUGGGGGACUUUGGCCUGGCCCGUCUCAGCCGGUUUGCGGGGGCCAACCCUGGACAGAGCAGUAGCGUGGCCCGGACUCGGACGGUGCGCGGCACCCUGGCCUACCUGCCUGAGGAGUACGUGAAGACCGGGAGGCUGGCCGUGGACACCGACACCUUCAGCUUUGGCGUGGUGCUGCUGGAGACCCUGGCUGGCCAGAGGGCUGUGAGGAUGCAUGGCGCCCAGCCCAAGUAUCUGAAAGACUUGGUUGAAGAGGAGGCUGAGGAGGCCGGGGUGACCCUGAAGGGCACCCAGACCACAGUCCAAGGCGGGCCAGCUGCAGACACGUGGGCCGCCCCAGUCGCCGCCCAGAUCUACAAGAAGCACCUGGACCCCAGGCCGGGGCCGUGCCCACCAGAGCUGGGCCUGGCCCUGGGCCAGCUAGCUUGCUGCUGCCUGCACCGCCGGGCCAAGAGGAGACCCCCAAUGACCCAGGUGUACCAGACACUGGAGGAGCUGCAGGUGGCGGUGGCAGGGCCAUUCCUGGAGCCGGAGACUUCUAGCCACAGCCCUCCUUCCCCGCAAGAGAACUCCUAUAUGUCCACCAGCAGGAGCGCCCUGAGCCGUGCCAGCCCCCAGCAGCCCCUGGUGGCGCCCUCGGGGGCCCAGGCCCAGGCUACAGACUGGCCGCAAAAAGGUGCCAACCAACCCGUGGAGAGUGACGAGAGCGUGUCUGACCUUUCCGCUGCCCUGCACUCCUGGCAUCUGAGCCCCAGCUGCCCUGUGGGCCCAGGGGCCCCCAGCUGGGCGCCAGCACCCCUCGGGCAGGCUGCCCACACCCAAGGAGGUGCCGCCCGAGAGUCAAGCUGGGGGAGCGGCCCGGGUCUCCAGCCCACAGCUGUGGAAGGGCCCCUCCUGGGCAGCUCCACGUCCUCGCAGCCCCCACAGAUUGUGAUCAAUCCGGCGCGACGGAAGAUGCUGCAGAAGUUGGCGUUGUACGAGGAUGGAGUCCUAGACAGCCUGCAGCUGCUCUCGUCCAGCUCUCUCCCAGACUCGGGCCGGGACCUGCGGGACAGUCAGGGGCCCGAAGAGAGAGACGAGUUUCGGAGCUGA